CCUUGUCCCAAGCGUCCAGUCGCCGCCCACAUCAUCAUCCCUCUGUCCACCUGGUGAACCCUCCCGCUGUUAUUCUAGCUUUUGGUCUAUGCGCCGCAGUCUUGGUCCUUCUUGCCUUCUUGCCUUCUUGCUCGUUUCUUCACUCUCUUUUCUUUGUACUGUGUACGCAUCCACUGUCCAUUCUCCAUCUUCUCUCGCUUCAAACUCCCUCUACACCCGCAUCAACAGAGGUUCUCGCUCUCUUCAGGUCGAUAUUGACCGUCCUUCGAAAUCAUUGGUGCCAAAAGAACCCCUCCGCUCCUACCCCUGUCACUCGCUUCCUAACCUCCGACGCGCCCUCGAAGUCCAAAACACUUUACAAGGCAGACCGAUUCUUGGCUUGGGCCAUAUAUAUCUCCUAUAUACUCCUCCUUGCGCCGUCAGGUGCGACUCCUGUCGACUGCUACACACAUAUGCACACAACCGCAACGUGAUUGCCUCUGCUUGGACAUAAUACCACCCCGGAAAGCUUCCCGCCUGAGGCCGAACACGAUGAAAUUCAUAACCUCAUCUAUCCUUACGCCGCUGGCCGGCCUUUUGUCAGUAGUCAAUGGUUUGACCCUCGAUGUCAGCAGUGCGGAUUCGGUCAAAUCCGUUACCUCGACCUUGGCCUACGAUAUGAUGACCUAUUAUUCCGGCAACCAAACGGGCCAGGUUCCUGGAAUCUUACCUGGGCCUUGUGAGUCGACAGCAUGUUACUACUGGUGGGAGGCAGGUGCCAUGUUUGCAUCGCUCAUCAAUUACUGGCAAUACACUGGUGACAGCACUUAUAAUCCAGUCGUGUCACAAGCGCUGGCGUUCCAGAUAGGGCCGGACGAGAAUUACAACCCCCCGAAUCAAAGCAAGAAUAUGGGCGUUGAUGACCAAGCAUUCUGGGCCUUUGCUGCCUUGGACGCCGCCGAGGCCAAUUUCCCAGAAGCCGGCGGAGAUAUACCUUCCUGGAUCGCCCUGGUUCAAGCGGUGUUCAACUUCCAAAAGGAUCUGUGGGACGAUGCGACAUGUGGUGGCGGUAUGCGCUGGCAAGUCUACUCAUUCAAUGCUGGUUACAACUUGAAGAACACCAUCUCCAAUGGCGGCAACUUUCAGCUCGCAGCUCGGCUGGCUUACUAUACAGGCAAUCAAUCAUAUGCCGAUUGGGCUGUCCAGAUGUGGGAUUGGAUGGCUGCCAGCCCGUUGUUUCAGACUCAGGAUGGCAACCUCUACAUCUGGGAUAAUACCAAUACUGACAACAACUGCAUCGAUGUUGCACAUUAUGCCUGGACCUACAACUACGGCACCAUGUUGAUGGGUGCCGCUUACAUGUACAAUUUCACGAAUGGAGAUGCAAUGUGGGAACAGCGGGUCCAGGAUAUUUUGAACGGCGCCUAUCUUCUGUUCUUCCCUACCGAAUACGGUGGCAACGUCAUGAGUGAAUUCCAGUGUGAGCCUGCAUCAAAUUGCAACAACGAUCAAAGCAGCUUCAAGGCUUAUCUAUCACGGUGGAUGGCCGUGACCACGUUACUGGUUCCGAGUACUUAUGAUACGAUUAUGCCGAAGCUCACAGCCAGCGCUGCUGCCGCUGCCCAACAAUGCACUGGAGGAGACAAUGGACGUAUGUGUGGUCGCAGGUGGUAUGCCAGUUGGGACGGAACAAGCGGUGUCGGCCAGCAGAUGCAAGCGCUAAGUGUGAUCGGUGCGACACAGAUCAACUCCGGAAUUGCCCCCAAGUCGAUCAAGACUGGCGGGACUUCAAAGGGCGAUCCUAAUGCUGGAAGUGACGCCAAUGCCUCGCCCAGUGUCACGACAUCGAAAAUCACCACAGCGGACAAGGCUGGAGCUGGCAUUUUGACUGUGUUGUGUAUUUUCAUCGUCAUUGGAGGAAGCGUCUGGAUCAUUCUGUGAUCCUCUCGAGUAGGUCAUCUUGCACACUUCAAGUGUAAAUGGAUCAACUCUGGGUGGCAUGUAUGGGCAAAAGGAUUUAUAUGAGGUCGUUACUUGGAGCAUUUGAUGGCGCACUUACUGUUAGUUUGGGAUUUCAUGAGACCUCAUUUGAUUGACAUUUCUGUGUAUCACGGCUGGUUGAGAGGCAUUGUGGAUGCAUGAUUCGAACGAACGUUCUGAUUUCCCUUGGUCGGAAAGAAAGGCUCCAGCAUCUAUAUCUGUACAGAAAUGACAUUACCUUGAUCACC